UCAUUUUUUUGACAGGAAACCAGCAGCAGCUCGAGCAGCCUGCUAGCUUCCUGUCACUCCCCAGUCAGACAUCUUCUAGUCAAACAAGAUAAAAAGCAAUGCAGACUUCCUGUUACAUCUUGGGUGUACGCAUGUACAGUAUAUAACAAUCAUGAGGCUGUGGUUACUUUUGAGCAAGAGUGGCUGGUGACUUUCUGACUUUCUCACGAUUAUUCAUCUGGAUUAGAUUUGGGAACAGACAACUUGACAGAGUUAACAUUUUGAAAACUGGCUACUGUUUCUGAGUACGCAUACUAAUGGAUGACCCUCUGAUGAAAACUUCACGACCACUUUGAAGAAGCAAGAGAGUUUUCAACAAAGUGUUUUGUUGAAAAGUUCUGCAUAAUUCUGACACCUAGCCAGUGGAAAUUUCCGGAUUUUCUAAGAAGGCAUGGCUCACAUUAUCUCAGUCCUUUCAAUCAUCUUCAUCAUCCUUCUCGUUCUGCUCAUUUUGUUGUAUAAGAAGUUAAAUAGGGAUACACAUGGAGAAUAUACCAUCAGACGCAUAGUGUAUAAAGAAGGAGGGGUCAGGGACCAGGUUAGAGGUGUGGCAUUUGCUCUGGAGACACGUCUUGGAGUCCAGCUGUGGCCUCGAGGUGAUUCUGACGAAGUUGGAGAAGAAAUGCAGGAAGUCCACGAUGAGGAGAGAGAUGUGGACGGGGGCUCCAUUCAGGGAAGUGGUAGCGAAGGAGAUGACAAGGAAGAGGAGGAAGAUGAGAGAACCGGAGAAGGGGAUGACACUUCAAACGAUAACUCAAGUGUGGAGAGCUCUGAGACAGGAGAACAUGCUAGGCUAAUGGAUCAAGACAAGGGGAAAGGAGAGUUGGGGGAGAAAAGGGAGAAUGAGGAGAGGGAUGGGGACAGGGAGGGUAAAGGUGAAGCAAGUGGAGGGGCUGGGUUGCUGAUAGAUUUAAAGCAAUUCUCCGGAAGUGCUACCUGGUCUGAAGGAGGAAUCUGCAGAGAUGGUGAUGUGACUGCGCUGUGAGAAAAGGUUACCAAAACAGGAACUACAAAACAGGCUUUGGGUAAAGUUUAACUAGUGGGGUUGAGACAGGAUGUUACAUACACCAAGGUCCUUAGUUCAAUGAUCUGCUGUCCCACUUUACUUUUUGUGUGGGUCAAAGAGAGUUCAAGGCUUCAGAAAAUACUGGACCUAUUGUGGCUAAUUCAAAUUAACAAGAAGUUUCAAAAAGGUUUAUGUAGACUCUGAGGACAUCCACAACAAUAGCUAAACUGUUUGUCUUGGUUCACCUUUGUUUGAGGCAUCUGGAUUAGAUGAUUAUUGAUGAAUUUAUGUGUUGUAAAUGAUUAGGUGGGAUUGAUAAUGAUUGUAUUGGAUUAGAUUUAAAUGUGUAAACUUUUUAAACUUUCUAUUUUUACUUGUUGCAUAUCAUGUUCUUGAUAUUGUUGACUGGGGUUUUCCCUUAUUUUUUGUAAUAAACAUGAAAAAAAACAGAAAAAAUAAAA